AUGGGUUCCAGAGAUAAGGACCAAAAAGCACGGCAUCACCAGCCUCACAUCAGCAGCCUCGUGAUACGUCCAACAGUCAGCGACGGACCAGACGGAGGCGGGGGCGGGGGCCGCGGUGGAGGCGGUAGCGACUAUGAGCCCGGAGAGGUCCGACGCGAUCUGCAUCCUUAUUCUCGCGCCGAGCGCUACCAUGAUGAUCCUGAUAUAGGUUUCUUGCAUAAUAUGGUGUUGAUGCAGAUACAGUUGUCCCUGGAAUUUCUUUGGGCUGCCCUUCUCUUUCGUGUUUCUGCUGUUCUCAAGUGGUGCAAGUCGAGAAAGUUUGGUGCCCGGCCAUUUGAUAGAGGUCUUGAAGGGCCUGGAUUUGGUCAUGGUCAAGUAAGGGGUGAUAGUCUGAGUAGAAACAAUCCAAAUGUGCGACCAAGAGAAGGAGACUGGAUUUGUGCGGAUCCUGUUUGUAGAAACCUGAACUUUGCUAGGCGAGAAUACUGUAACAACUGCAAGAGGCAUCGAUAUGCACCUCGGGGAAGUCCUCGCAGGGGGUUUGCCGUUCCCCCACCUCCACCUCAUGGUGCUCCAAGACGUGUUCCUGGCCCGCCCCUGGAUCUUUCUCCUGGCAGGACAAUAAAUGGCUACGGGUCUCCUCCUCGUGUUUGGGACACAGAUGGCCGUCGAGACUAUGAGCCUGGCCUCCCACCUCCCAGACAUGAAGGUAGAUUCUCUGAUCACAUUGGCAGAGAGAGGCUGGACUACCUAGAAGAUGACUAUAGGGGGAGAAGUAGACUUGAUAGGCCAGUGCCAGUUGUUGAUUGGGGCCAGAGAGACCGUGGCAGGGAUAGUUUUUUCAAUGAGAGGAAAGGUUAUGAAAGGCGAAUGCCCUCUCCACCAUUACUGCCACCCACACUUCCUCCUCAUCGUGGUCGCUGGGGACGUGAACUGAGGGAGAGGAGCAGGUCCCCUAUUAGGGGUGGCUUUCCUCCAAAAGACUACCACCAGGAUAUGUACGUGGAUCGAGUUCGAGAUGAUCGGCGAGGUCUGGGGAGAGACAGACUUGGAGACACAUAUUAGCAUUGUCAGAUUGCAGGUUGUGUCGUGAAUAACAUAGAUGUUUGUGCUGUUUAGUAGAAUGCAGAAUCAUGUUAUACAACAGUUUAGGACUUAAUUUAGUGCUUUCUGUUGAUAUGUUUUACUGACUUGUAACAAUUUUAGAAUUCUUUUCUUGUGUUUCUCGUUCUUUCUAUUGCUGUUUUUGACUAUAAAGAAAGGAAUGGUAUUGUUGCUCUC